AUGUUCUCGACCGGUUAUAAAGGUAAUGUAAUGUGGUAAUCGUUUUUUAAAUGUAAAUUAGUUGUUUUAAUUGAUGUGUAAGAACGCUAAUAUAGAAACGCACUCAACGAUUUAAGGCUAGUUAAAAUUAAUUUAUAUUUUUUUUCGACAUUAAAAAAAAAUGUACAAUUAACUAGUUACAAUUGAAAAAUGAAAACACGAAUACUUCCGUUGGACUAUGCUAGUUGCGGAGUCGCAGAUUUGCAAUGUAAUCACUCUCAAAUCGAAUAGUGACCCGAACAAACCUGUUUUAUCGAGCCAAAUUAAUAUAAGCCGUCUAUAUUGGUGUGUGUUAAAUAUGUAAAUACAAAUUGAAGGCUCGUAUAGUAACAUUGUCAUAAAUUAGUAAAACGCUAUUUCGGCAUAGUUGUUUUCUGAGUAGGUAUUAUCGUUUCUUUAUUGCAGUGGAACAGAGAAGCAUUGUACAUCAGGCCACAAUUUUAAACGAUAUUUUUAGUUCACCAGCCAUUACGUGCUGAUUCAGUUGCACGCUUCAGGCACAACGAAAACUCAACUGUCUUCAGUUUCAAAAAACAUCACUGUUCAACAGCGUCAUCAGCAAUAAAUACAACAGUGACUAGCAUUCAGUAAUAUUACUGACAAAUCGUCAAAAAUCACGUGAGUAUCCAUAUUUUCAUUUUAAUAUUCGUUUUUAAAAACGGUAGAAUUUUUAAGCUUUAAUCAAAUGCUCUUUAAUACAUUGUAGGCAUUGUAAUUCUUUCGCUACGUAAUUUUAAUUUAUUUUUUUUAGAUUCGAUGCCUCGCGAGGGAUCUAUUGGUUUUACUAUGUUGUAUGUAUUCUAUUUUUUUUUCUGUCUCAGAACAACUUUUUUACCAUUAACUUGCUCCAAAGUGUGAACUGUACUACUUUUCUGAAACAUAAUUUUCUCUCAUUGGUGUAUUGGAAAGGUCACUUUUUGAUUUUCCAGUGGGUUUUCGAAUAAUCAUGUAAAACGCGAAAAAAUGUAUAGGUAAAACGGUAAAUUUACGGCGCGCCGUGACCUUACAAUUUUCAUUAUUUCUAUUGUGUUAACAUGAUUUUUCUAACAGAAAUAUUUCUCCAAUUGAAAUAUGAAAAGUGAUUAAUUUUGUUCAAAAGAUAUUUUUUGUUAAAUUUUUAAACUAGUUGGUGAUCAGGAAAAUCAUUUUUUAAUUUUCAUUGUAGUACUUUCAAUGAUCGAACAGAAACGAAAAAAAAUGCAGAAACUACGGAAAAAUAUACGAAAAAAAUUAUUUUUUUAUUUUCAAUGUUGUUUUUUUACUGCAAUUAUAUUUAUUAUAUUCAUCAAAAAUUGUAUUUAGAUAUUUAGAUACUUAUAUUAUUUUUUUCUAGACAUAGUAACAUCAUUGAGACAUUUGCAAAAUUUUUGAGUUAACAAUAUAAAUUUAAUUAUGUGGAUAAAAGUGUUAAACUAUACGAAAAAGGCCUAACAACUUAACAGGAAGCUUCUUAAAUGUCGUACUUAGUUUAAAAAAAAAAAAUUGUUUUAUAUAGUAUUCUUUUUUAAAAAGAGCUUACUCUUUCUAUUCGGGUUUUUGAUCAGUUGAAUACAUAUGUAGAGGAGAAUAUAUAUAUUUUAAUCCCUUAAUCAUGAAAAAAAACAACUUUAUUUUUCAAUUUUCAAAAUAUCCCUUUUGUAAAAAAUGUUAUUAUAAAAAUUCUUAUGUACCCUACAUUCAUAUUCGAUCACUAAUUUCUAAUUAAUAUCUGUUUUAAUUUCUCGAAAACUGACGUGAAAACAUUUUAAUUAUUAUCAAUAAAUGAUAAGGAAUAACCUGUAGAUUGUGAUUCCUUAUCGUGUGUCAUUUUAUUCUAUUGAAAUCAAAUUGUUUUCACACCAAUUUUUUAGAAAUUAAAACAGAUAUUAAUUAAAAACUAUUUAUUGAAUAUGAAUGUAUGGGACAUUAGAAUUUGUAUGGUAGUAUUCUUUUUACGAAAUAUCUAUUUUGACAAUUUUAAAAAGUGAAAAAAUAAAGUUAUAUUUUUUAGUGAUAAGGGAAAAAAAUAUUUACCUCUCACUGUGUCAAACCUGAUUAAAAAAUAAAUAAUGACGGAGUUAUAUAUAUAAACUGGGCUUCAAACGUACAUAAAAUUAAAAAGACUGACCUACUUCAUGUGUGAGUUCAGCCACUGUUGUAGGUGGGAAGUAAAGAAAUAGGAUACAGACGGGAAAUUAAUGUACAGAGUGAUUAUUUUAUUAUAAACCAGCAAUUAUCUCAGAGGAUUUUAAGUGAAUUUGAUUCAGCUUAGCCUAAUCAUUAUGUAAUCGAUUCAAAUUAUCAGUUUCAACUCUUGAUAGUUUUGUUAAUUCAUUAACUUUUACUUGUUUUUUUUUAUUCUUAGUCCAGAACAAUUUUUUUUGAAUUUGCUUUUCUUUAUUAUGUAGUUUUUUUACUUUUUUAUUAACCAUUGGCUUGAUUUGAUGUUGUAUUAAUAAAUGAUUUAACAGCAUUUAGUUGUUGUACAACUCCUUUAUGUUGAUCAUUAUUUUUAAAAUUAUUUAUUUUACUAACUAGACUAAUAGCUUUUUAACAGCCGAGUUUGAACAAUCGUUUGUUGGCGGUCAUCGAUAAUGGUUGAUCUAACGACAGGUAUACAAUAAUCACGAUUAUCAGUUAUAUUAUUACGAUUUUCAGAAAAUAUUGACACAUAUUUAUAUUUUUAUAUUGAUAGUCUAAUUUUUUUUUUUAAAUUUUUUUUUCAACUAUUAUGAAACGUCUUUAAGUUAAAAUGAUUCAUUUUUAGAACUUUUCUGAGUUGUAAUAUAAUAAUUACAUUUAUGCAUUUAGAUGGACGCAGCAAAUUCGCAAUCGAUAUUGAGCGUAGCAUGGCAGCCAAUUGCAGGUUACGCAGCGAUCGCUCUUUUCGCGUUAUGGUUCGGACACAGGUGGCUACUGAAUCGAAAAGAACUUUCACACCGUAAAGUAUUGACCAGUAAAAUGAAUGGGCCUAAAGUUUGGCCGAUCGUUGGAAAUGCGCUUGAGUUAAUCGGGUCGGCUGAAAGUGAGUAGUAUAUUAGUAGACAUAAAUAUCACCUGAAAUAAGUAGUCGCUAGUGUAAUUACCAGAUAGAAUGUUGAGUCGAUAUGGUAAGAACGGAAUUUAAACACCAGCUAUUAAACAGAAUAUAUUUCUAUAUUGAAUUUAAUAUCACUCGGCAUAAAUUGUUUAACUGGGAAAGUAAAUGGUAAUGGAGAGUCGAGAUACCUAUGAGUUUUGAAAUUUAGUUUAUAAAAGUUAUAUAAAUUUAAAAAAAAGUUACUAGCAUGUUUCAUAAUAUGACUAAUUCCGAAUUCGUCAUUUAAAAAGGAAUAUGCAAUAACCUUAUUAUUUUUUCCAGUGGUUGUGGAUAAAAUAACGAAAAUGACAUUGGAUUAUGGGUCAGAACCGUUUAGGUUUUGGAUGGGUUCGCAUCUUUUUGUGGUCAUUACAAAUCCAGAGGAUUUGCAAGUAUGAACUUUUUACCAGUAAAUUUGUUAUGAUUUACAAUGAUAGCAACUUUUUUGACAGAAAAUCUGACUGGAGUGGUACAUAAGGAAGUUAUACAGAAGGAAUUUUUCAUUUUCUAAGGAGUUUUCCUAAUAAAAAAGGAUACAAUUCUCGUAUAAAACAUAAAAGAAAAAAACAUUAUAAACAUACGAAAAACGAGAAAAUAGUGAUAACAUAAAACUAAUAUUACUAAAGGAAAUGUUUAAAGCACAUGUAAUUAUUCUACCACUAUGUAACAUAUUUCUUUUUCACAAAUCACUAUCAACCGAUUUCAAACUUCACUUAAUGCAGUAUUUUCGGUGGCAAUGGUGAAUCUUUGCUUACAGUAAUACAUUAAAUCAUAUUUUGAAAUAAACCAAAAAAACCUAAAUUUAUAAUUAUAAUGUACAAUAAAUUCGUAAAACACUUUUAAGAAAUAGCUAAGAUAUUAGAAAAAUAAUUGUUAAGUUAAAUUUAAUCUAUUUAUUAAAAUAAAAAAAUAUGUAUUCAAUCAAGUCUCGGUUGUAUCAUUCUUAUAGGUUUUUUAUUCUAUACUAUAAAACGUUUUUCUAGCGUUUUAAGUGCAUGUUCUAAUGAAGUCUGUAGUAUGAAAAAAGUUAAGAGAUUUCAACUUUACGCCAGUAUAUACUGGCGGUGCAAAUAUGUUUUUAUAGUGUAAAUGACCAUUUACAUCUAAAUCCAUAUAUGAUAUUAAUAUACCUAAUAAUAAUAUAUUGAUAAAGUGAUAUUCGUCUGGUGCAUUUUUUUUUCACGCACAUCUAGGUCCAGUAUUAUAGUUAUAUAUUAAUAUUAAUAUACCUAAUAAUAAUGUAUCGAAUACGUGAUAUUCGUUCAAAGUAUAUUUUUUAUUUUACCGAAACUAGUAUAGUAGACUUAACAGCAUAUGCGAAAGUAAUUUUUUAAUAAAAUAAACUUCUGUAUUUGUUUCAGAUCGUGUUAAAUAGUUCCAAAGCCCUGGAUAAACCGUGGCUUUAUGACAUGAUAUUUGAUAUAGCAGUAGUAAGUACAUUUUUAGCCAAGGGUAUAUUUUAGGUUCAAUAAUAUACCUCUACAAUCUCAAUAAUAAUAUAUCAUUAAUUUAAUAAUAUCACUAGAAUAACUUAGUUAAUGAAUUAAAUCAUGUGUUGAAGCUACUGCAUUAAAAUUGUAACUUCAUCAACGUAUAUAAUAUAUAAAAUGCAUACUUAGUAUGUGAGAUAUAUUUUGUAAAACAUAUUUAUAAAAAUCUGAAAGUCAUUGAAAUAAUAGAACCCCUGGACAUUUAUAUAUAAAAAAAAAAAUUACUUUAGUGUGGAUUCUAAUGAAUCUCGGGAAUCUCAUAUUACGCCACCCCUAUAUAAUAUAUUUGUUAAUAGUAUCAAAAUUCCAAUUUAUAAGUGUUAUUUUUCUCCGAAAAAUUCAAAAUAUUUCGUGGUAUUGAAAAUUCUGAUGACACUUAAAAUUCUUCAAUACGAUUUAAACCUUUUCUGUAGUUGGCGUGACCUUAAUAAUUUAUGUCUAAAUAUCUUUUAAUGCAAAAAAGUUAUUUUCUCGAAAAGCCGAUCCUCAUAUCUUAUUCGUGUCCACCAAUACAGGGAUUUAGUUUUUUUGUUAAUACAUCUCUAUCAUUUAAUACUCAUUGUGCACCUAUGAAUAAUAAGACGUCAUCUAUGUUAGGUUUCAUGGAUUGAAGCGGUAAAGAUGUUGAAAACUCAAUUGUACUUAAAUCAGCGCAUAGCACAUAUUUGCAGUCUAUGUUUAAUUACGAAUCCUUAGUUUGAUAACCAUACAUUUUGGGAUCAAUACAAGCCAAAGAGCCGGUUCUGAAACGAUGUGUGAUAAUACAGUAGAAGACACUUUUUAAGAACACUUAAUUAACCGAUUGUUUCUAAUAAACGAUUGGUUUUAAUUUUCGAUUGUCUUAAUACACGACUGUUCCGUUUUGUUUCAAUAACGUGUUUCUAAUUAGCGGCUUCUACUGUAGUUUAUUUAGAUUUGACAUUGUACGGCAAUCCUAUUCCUCUUAUGAGACAGAGCUAACCUUUUUAACUCUUUUUUCACUCGAAUCAAGACGAAGGCUUAGGUUUCUACUGCAAUUUUACAUAACUCAAUGGAAAUAUUUAUUGUCUUUAAUUUAUUAUUAAUAUAAAUUGUCAAACUAAAUUUUUCAGUUUAUAGUCGUAGUACUAGACAGUCAAAUACAAUAUAUGUGCUAUGUCAGUUUAUAAACUAUAGUUUGAAUUCUCUAGUAAUUAGAUGAAUGGUACUUGUAAAUAAGUUUAAUGUUGAUCCUUUUCAUGUGCAAAUACUAAUGCUAAUUAAGCAUAUCUUAAUGUUUUACUUUCUUAAACUAUUAAUGGUAUAUCCUUAAUGUAUAAACUUAUUUAUUUCUUAUAUUAUCUUAUUUUAUGCUUACAAAUUACAUUUUCAUUGGGCUGUUCCCCGUCUAAAUAAUGAAUAAAUUGUAUAUUGAUAGGUAAAAGAUGGCGAAAUAAUCGAAGCAUAUAUAAUGCUUUCUUCAAUAUCAAAGUUCUACAAAAAUAUUUCCCAAUUUUUCACGAAAAUAAUCAAUUACUUAUCAAUGAUCUGAACAAGGAAGUAGAAAAGACGGAGCUGUUCGAUCUUUGGGAGUACAUCGCCGUCACAAAUGUGGAUUCAAUAAGUCGUAAGAUAUAGUAGAUUAAGAUGUAAUUGAUAACGAAUUCCAUUAGACUAUAAUGUGAUGUCGAUUGUUGAGUUCCUUAUAAAAUAUAUCAACCUCUACAGAAAAAGACAACAAAAAAAAGUUAUUUUUUGAUUUUCCAAGUGGUUUUCAAAAUAAUUGGGAAAAACGAAAUCAAAACUAUAGAAAAUCUAACAAGGUGUAAUAUAUUGUCAUUGGUUGCCUGUUAAAUACAGAUCCUGAAUUUCAUUAUAGGUGCGUCGAUAGUUAAAAAAAUACGUGUAUUAAUGCUUGCCUUAUAAUAAAAUCCUAUAAACUAAAUAGGUUUUAUUCUAUACUCCAUCACUGCAGUCAUUCUAGUCUGGUGGAAAACUCUGUAGUUAUAUGAAAAAUUUGUUUAUUAUAAACAUUGAAAUGAAUAAUCCAAUUUGAUUUUUUUUUUCUAUAGAUAUCGUAUUGGGAUAUGAUUUGAAAGAGCUACCAUAUGGCACGUGUAAUACGGUACACAUUGCUAUAGAAUUGUAUGCACUCUAUAAUAAUAACUUAGUACCCUUAUUGUAAAUUUUGUUCAAUUUCAUCGUUUUCAUUUUUAGAGCUGUACAGAUGGCAGGGAUGAGAGCUUACCAAAUUUGGUUGCAUCCAUAUUUCAUAUUCAAAUUAUACCAAAGAUUCACAGGAAUUUCUAAAAAAAUUAAUAGAGGAUAUUAUUUAUUAGAUAAGGUAGUUAUGUAUUUAAGGUAUACACCGUCAUUUCAUUUAUGUGUACUGCCCGAGUAUUUUUGAUAUGCUGGAUUGCGGUUAUAGACUAUCAGAUAUCAUAGCAAUAUUAAUGUGUACUUAUAAAAAACCACAGGCACAUAGGAAACGAUAGUUGAUUUUAGAUUCUGAGUGGAGAAAGGAAUGAUAGUUUUCAAAAAAAGGUUUUUUUUUUCUGUGAACAAGAUUUCUACGAGCAAUUUUGCUUCGGUUUACAAUAAAAAUACUUUUGUUGAAAGGGGACCAGAUUUGGGAGGUUUUUUUAUGAAGUUUAUUUUUUGAUUUUCCCAGGAGACUUUUUAUUAUUUUUCAUUGUCAUUACAUGUAAAUAUACAAUGACUACGAAUCAAACAAGUAAAAUAUGACCUCAUUGGUCUUUUGAAGUAUUAGUCUUAGGAAAACUUUGCUGAUCAACCAUGCAAAGAGUCUGUUUAUAUUAUUGACAAAACGAUUUUAAUGACAUUUAUUGUAAACAUGAAAUUCUUUAAAAUCAUUUUUUGUAAUUCUAAAAUCCUUUCGAUGAAAUAUCAUGACGGAUUCAGAGAAGCAGGGUGAAAAAAAAAUUCAAUAAAUUUGAUUUAUGAGCAUCGGACUCGAACUUGAUAACAUUGUUAUUAUAGACGUCAUGCUAUAAGUUUAAAAGGUAACCUAACCUAAUUUAUUCCCACAUAAAUAAACAUUUUUAUAUCAAGUAAAUUGGAUUUGAGUUUAAGGAUCGUUUUAAGUAGGGAGCAAUAAUACUCUAUCGGGCUUUAAAUAUUAAAUUAAUAAUUAUUAGAUUCUCGCUAUUAAAAAAGAAGAAUUCAAACGGAAGAAAUCAGUAAUCAAAAAAUACUCUUUGGAUUUUACCGAUGAAAAACAAGGUGAGUCUAGAAUUAUAAUUAUAUGAUUUUGUCCGUGUAAUAUGUUUUUUUCUCAAAGGUUCUUCAGAAAGUUUGUUGGAAAUGACUUUGGAAUCAAGCAAGAAAAUCGAAAACUUCUCCGAUAAAUAUAUCAGAGAAGAGAUCAUCUCCUUUGUUACGGCCGUGAGUACCUGAUGUUUUAAAAUUUAGCAUUUGAGGUCAUGUUAUAUAUAUCCAUCUGAGUAUACAUCUUUUAUUUUAUAUGAAUAUUUUAUUAUUAUCGUUUCAGGGCAGUGAAACUAUGACUGUUACAACUUGUUUUUGUCUUUUAAUGUUGGCCAUCCAUCAAGAUAUCCAAGUAGGUAUACCUAUUGGUGGUGCUAUUAUAUUUUUUUUUUUUUAUAAAGCGAUUUGAAUAAAAUAUCAUCAGGGAAAGAACCUUCACAAACUAAGGGUAAAAUGAAUAAUGAAUUUUAAAUAAAGCUAGAUAUUCCUGUACUUCACAUUUUUUCUAAUCAUACGAAGUGAUAAUAUUAACGAAGCUAAAUUUUGCAAUAGCUCGUAGCCACUUUUACGUUAACUUAAAUAUGCAAAAUUCUUAAACAAGGGAUGAGUACGGCUACUGUUGUAGGUGGACAUUUGUAAACGUGAAAUACAUAAAGCUAUUUAACUUAUACCUGUAACUAACAAUAAACCAUAGCUAGUCCAUAGAGUAGUUGCCUACCGAAUACAAAUUAUAUGCACAACUCACAAAUUAAAAAGAAAAUAAGUAGCUCAAAAAAGACUCAAAUGUUUUGAAAAUUGUAUUAUAUAAUUAUAUUAUUUAUUUCUACAUACAUUUUUUCCAAAUGCCAGAAUAAAGUGUACGACGAAAUAUACAAUGUUUUUGGUGACGGUGAUGAGAUAAUUACCAUGGAAGACACUGCUCAGCUAGUGUAUUUGGAACAAGUGUUAAAGGAAACAAUUCGAAUUUACCCAGUAGUACCGAUAAUUAUCCGAGAAAUUCAGGAAGACAUUCAAAUUUGUGAGUACUUACGUAAUAUUUUGUUUGUGUCGUAUCGCUUAUUGAUUUUUUUAUCAUUUAAAUAAAGAAAUGUACGUAAUACUUAAUAUACAGGUUGAGCAGUUCAGCGUAAGAUACUCAAUUACUCGAAACGUAUAGAUUUAUUAUCAGAAUCGAUUACAUAGAAAAAUUUAAGAGACAACCAGCUAUACAAUUUUGUAUUUAUGUUAUUGUUUGUCAUUUUGAUUUAAAGUGAACGAUUGACUACUUUUGAAAUUUUCAAACAGCAAAAAUCUAUGUUAAAAAUUGUAUGAAUAGAUGUAACUCCAUCUAUUUAGUUAAAAUACAUUUUUGUGUUUAUAUUUUUGAUUUCAGUUAAUCCGUUAAGUUAUUUCCUCAAUAAUAUUUCCAGCCAGGAAUAUCUCCAGUUAAAAAUUUCUUUGAUAAAGAUUAUCCCUUAUGGGAAAUUUGUAAAUUGUAAACAUUUUUAAAUUUUACUUUACAUAUAUUUCAUGCUUUUGAGUAGUAUACAGAUUCUUUUAUUAUUUCCCCUAAAAUUAAAUAAAUAAUAAAUGACGGACAUUCUUUGUACGAUGGAUGGGUCACUGUUGUAGAGGAGGAUAUAGAGGGGAACUUUAAAAAUAUCCGUUGUGAACAUUUUACUUAUAAAGGUAAAUAUAAGGUUUCUAUCUUAAUUUCAAGUCUCUACGAACAUUUGAAACUGAAAUGUAACAAAAAAUCAAUAUUUAAAAUUAUAAAAGCAUUAUAUUUUUAAAUUUUCUCAUUUUCCUUACAUUUAAAUCGGCAAAAUUUCCGGAUCUUUUAUUAUCUAUAUUAAUAUAGAUAGUUGUUUAAUAACAUGAAAUCAUAUGUUUAUAAUAUGCUCUAAAAAUUUCCUAUAUUUGGUUGAGUAUUUGAUUUAAUAUACUCUACAUUUGUGUUUUUUGUAAUCAGUUCAAUGCCAAAUGUAUUGUCCAAACCUUUUCUGUAAAAUGAAUAAAUCUACCAAUAAUGGGGUAAUAUAGUUUUGUAUUUUUGUCUAACGAAAGGCAUUCUUGUUUCUGUUUAAACAAAAUAUAAAACUGACGACUUGUAGUUGAAAUGGUUGAACCGAUACAAUUGGUGCGUUGAUAAAUAUCGUUUAUCAUGUUAUUUUUUGUCUACAGGAAAAUUUAGUUUUAAUUACUUCAUAAACUCGUAGCAUAGGAGCAGGUAAUCAGGAAAAAUAUUUUAGAUAAAACUAAAAAAUACUAAUAUAGUGAUUAUUUUUUUAUUUUUUAUGGGAUAUUUCUAUUAACGAUAUUUUUAUAUGAGAUGUUUUGUAUGGGAGAAACUAUUUUCUAAAGAUAUUCUUAACUGGAAAUAUUUGGCUUGAGAUAUUUUUGCGCAUUUACAGUGUUACUACACAAAUGAUGCUUCACUACUAUUCACUGGCCAAAAUUUAAAAGCGGAAUGCCUUAAUAACAGAUUAACAGAUAUCAAAACUUAAAACCAAAAUAUUUUUUAGGCUAGGACUCCAUCAAUAUAUUUAUUUUUUUAUUUUGGUUACCAUUUGAAAAUAAAGAGUCAGUAGUAGUUUUAACAACCGAAUAAAAUGUGAUGGAAAAUGACAAAUUGUAGAGUUGCUCGUUUCUUAAAUGUUUUGUAAAACAAAUUUCGAAAAAAGUUCAUAACCCCUGAGAUAAAGAGUGCAAUGGGUUAGAAAGAUCACCUUGAAUGUCCAAAAAAAUUAUUUAUAUAUUCACAUUUUAAUAAAGAAAUUUAUAAAUAAUAUCAAAACAAAUUAAUAUGAUCCAUAUAGGUUCCGGCAAUCAUGUUAUCCCCAAAGGAACGGCGUGUGUUAUAAACAUACUGAACACGCAUUAUAUUCCUACAUUAUACCCGAAUCCGGGAGNUCCGGAGAACUUCAACAAGGAAAACAUCACUACUCGUCACAGAUACAGUUUUAUGGGUUUUAGUCGCGGUGCAAGAAAUUGUAUAGGUCAGUUUAUAAUAUUAUAUCCCAGUGCUUGAAUUAAAGGUAGUAGUGAAUUAGAGGCCCAAAAGAAAAUCAUAAUUAAUAAAUAAUACAUGAUAAUUAAUACAUGAUUUUUGAUUUAAUACAAUUAUAGGGAAUCAGUACGCUAUGCAGUACAUGAAAGUUCAGAUGUCCAUGAUAUUGCGAAAUUUCAGCGUACACACAAACAUAAAAAUGGAAGACAUCAAAGUAAAGGCGGAUAUUAUUUUGAGGAGCGUCAACGGUUUUCCUGUUAAAAUUCGACCGAGAAAUACGGUCUACGGUUAAAUAGUAUCUACUUAGAAAUAAUUUUGUAGUUUAAUAACACAAAAUUUGAUUCUCGAAAUUAUUAUUGAUUUAAACGGUUUUCAAAUAGGUUUUUGAAAAUUGU